CUAUAUAUAGUUCUAUGCACAUCCUUAAAUGGUGUGUGAGUGGAGAAGCAUUCCUUGGGGGCAAUAUUUUUGUUUUCAUCAGUAAGUGAUUCCCAAGUGGGUUCGGGCCGAUCUUCCUCCGCUCUGCGCUCUUUUAAUCUCACGGGGUCUUUUUGAAUUUUGUUGGCGGCCAUGGCGGCUAAGGUCGUGCCAUAUUACCCGUACCCGUGCAAGUACAGGCAUUACAGCUAUGACUACCGCAGCAGUGAAGCUAAAUAUGUUGUCAAGGAAUACUCCUCAAGAUCUAAAACCUCUGCAUCUAUGGUGGCUACUUCAUCUACUGCAUCUAGUGCAGCAAGGUCAAUGACUGCAGCUACGUCGUAUAGUGCGACGUCUGCAGCUACUGCAGCAAGGUCAACAACUGCAGCUUCGUCGUACAGUGCAACGACUGCAGCAACUGCAGCAAGCGCAAGUACUGCAACAAGCGCAAGUAUUGCAGCAAGCGCAAGUACUGCAGCUAGUUCAUAUAGUGCAACGACUGCAGCGUCUGCUUCCAGGGAAGAGAGCCGCGAAUACAGUUACCAAGUACAGAAGAGAAUUAAUGAAGUGGUGAAGAGGAAGUCAUCAGAAAAGUACAUUCGUGAGGAGUCCAGGAUCAGUGGUCCCGAGUUCCUGGUGAGGCUGAGGUCUCAUACAGUCUUUGAGAAUGCAGCUGUGAAGCUUUUCUGCACGGUGGAGGGAUACCCCACCCCCACCGUUAAAUGGUUUAAGGACAAUGUCCUCAUUGGCACAGCCAGCACAGCGGCAAAAUACUUCAUUCAGAGCAAUUAUGGAGUUCACAGCCUGGAGAUCACCAGGGCUUGCACUGAUGACACAGCCCUGUACACUGCUGUGGCCACUAACGUGUAUGGGCAGGCCUCCUCUCAAGCGUCCAUCAUUGUGAAGAGGUUCCGAAUGGAAGACGAGUCCUGUCCCUACGCUUGGCUUCCUUACGAGAUCCCCAUGUUGCCGGAGAUAUCGUAUACUAAGAUCGACAUCACCUUCCUGGAGACCUUUGAUGUUACCUUUGGAACUGAGGGGGAUACGGUCACCCUGGUCUGUAAGAUGGCCAUCAGCCCUUACCUGGUCAACCUCCAGCCAGAUGCCCUGUGGUUCAGAGAUGAAUACCUGCUGAAGGAAUCCAAGUGGGCCAAGAUUGAGGCAGGUGGUGGGGUUGUUACGUUGACUCUGCCUCAGCUGUACAAGGACGAUGAGGGCCUUUACACCCUCCGGAUGGUUACUAAAGGGGGCACUGCUGAGCACAGCGCUUACAUCUUCGUAACAGAUGGAUCUCCCCCUGUCCCCAAGGCUCCGGGCGCCCCCAUGGACAUAAAGAUCCAUGAUGCCAACAGGGAUUAUGUCAUUGUGUCCUGGAAACCCCCCAAUACCACCACCGAGGGCCCCAUCAUUGGAUACUUUGUUGACAAAUGUGAAGUUGGGACUGAGAACUGGAUUCAGUGCAACGACUCCCCCAUUAAGAUUUGUAAAUACCCCGUGGCAGGUCUGUUCGAGGGCCACUCCUACUCUUUCCGCGUUAGGGCAGUGAACAGCCACGGGAUCAGCCGGCCGUCCAGGAUGUCCGACCCCAUCGCUGCCGUGGACCCCACUGAAUUCGAAAGGCUCCAGGCCAUGAAACUUGGAGGAAAACUGGAUGUUGUGAAAUAUCAGGAUGAGGUGGAAGGUAUGGUAGCAUUGGAGGGAAGUCCCCCGGGAGCCCCUGCCAACGUCUACGCCUCGGAGACGGACCGAACAUAUGUGGUGCUCAGCUGGGAGCCUCCUGCGUAUCGAGGACGCGCUCCGAUGUGGUACUACAUCGAGAAGUCUCUGGCCGACAGCGGGUCCUGGCAGAGGGUCAACACCCAGGUGCCUGUGAGGUCACCGCGCUACGCCGUUUUCGACCUGGCGGAGGGGAAGAAGUACAAGUUCCGCGUUUUAUCAGCGAACAUGUAUGGCACGAGCGAGAGCUCCCCCCCUUCUGCAGCCAUCCAGACCCAGGUGCUGAAGGGGGUUCCCUCUGCCCCAGGUCAGGUGAUCGCCACUAGAAACACAAAAACAUCCAUGCUUGUCCAGUGGGAUCCACCCAAACAGCCCAACAACCUGAUUGGUUAUUAUAUUGAUUGCUCUGUGAAGGGAUCCAAAGAAUGGAUCUCCUGCAACCACAAGCCACAGAAACACACCAGGUUUGUGGUUCAUGGAUUGACCACAGGAGAGACCUACAUGUUCCGUGUCCAGGCGAUCAAUGAGCUGGGCCUGAGCGAUGAGUCCCAGGAGUCUGCCCCCCUCUCCGUCCAGGCUGCUCUGAAGGUGCCCUCUUCUCCCUACGAUGUGGCCCUGCUGCACUGCGACGGCAGCUCCAUGGUCAUAAACUGGAAGCCCCCCAAGCACUCCGGUGGGGCCAAGGUCACAGACUACUAUGUGGAUAAGAGGGAGGUGUCCCAUCACCUGUGGAGGGAGACCAACAUUCCUCCCCUUAAAGAGAGAAUCUUCAAGGUGGAGAAUCUGAAGAAUGGUGCAGUCUAUGAGUUUCAGGUUUACGCUGCGAGCCUUGCUGGAGUGGGGAUCCCCUCCGAGGCUAGCGCUCCUUUCCUCUGCCACGCCUGGACAAUGGCGGAACCAGGACCACCUUAUGAUCUGACCUUCUGCGAGAUCAGGAAUGACUCUGUGGUGCUGGAAUGGAAGACUCCGGUAUAUGCAGGCACCAGUGAGGUCAGCGGCUACUCUGUAGAAAUGUCCAAGAAGGGCUCGGACACUUGGACCGCCAUAAACGAGACAGUCGCCAGCCACCGCUUCCUGAAGGUGACGGGCCUAGAAGAAAGUGAAUCCUAUGUCUUUAGGGUACAUGCCCAGAAUGCUGGAGGCGUGGGACCAUCCUCCAUGGCCUCAGAUCCAGUGUGUGCCAAGGCCCUGGAAGGUAUCCAGGAGGUACAGUGUGGGGUCGAUGCAGAGACGGGUGACUUGUUCCUGUCCUUUGAAAGCUGCGAGAUGUCUGACAUUUCAUCCUUCGUCUGGAAAAAAUCCUAUGAAGAAAUCACCGAUUUCUCUAAAGGCAUCGCCAUCAAAACCGAAGGGAACCGCUCCAAGCUUAUUUUCAAGAACCCCGAUAAAGACGAUGCCGGAACCUUCUCGGUCGCUGUCAGCCACACCAACAAUGUCUCCUCCAGCUAUGUAAUAUCACCUGAAGAGAUGGAGAAUCUGCUGGCUCAGAGUUAUGACAUAAGACACCCAAUCAUUCCUCUGAAGAGCGAGCUGGCCUAUAAGAUCCUGGAGAGAGGCCGCAUGCGUUUCUGGCUGCAGGCAGAGCACAUAAGCCCUGCCGUCACAUACCAAUUCUUCAAGAAUGACAAACAGUUUGUUAAGAGCGAGGAACACAAGAUGAGUCACGAUGUGGCCACAGGCAUCAUUGAGAUGGUCCAGGACCAUUUCACUGAGGAAAGUGAGGGAACCUACACGGUCCAGAUUCAGGACGGGAAGGGCAAGAACCAGUCCACUUUGGUCCUGAUUGGAGCCGCUUUCAAGGCAGCGCUUGCUGAGGCUGACUUCCAGAGACGGGAGUACAUCAGAGUGAAAGAAGGCCCCCACUUCUCACAGUUUCUGUCUGUCCACGUGGGCGAUGAUUGCUCCGUCUCGGUUGUCUGCAAGGUGGCUAACCUCAAAAAGGAGUCUGCGUUCCACUGGUUCAAGGGAGCUGAUGAGAUCGAAGCAGCGGCUGAUUUAGCAUCUGGAGUUUGCAAACUCCCCCUUCCCCUGUUCUCCAAGAAAGACCAGGGUGUGUACAGAGCUACAAUCAGUGAUGACCGGGGAAAGGACGAGUCUCAGAUCGACAUUUCUGGCAAAGUUUUUGACAAUAUCAUCAUUGAACUCACCCAUCUCGCUGGAUCUUCGGCCGGAGAUUUGGUGAUCCAGUGCACUGCAGAAGGCAUUCGUCUGCAGUGCCUAAUGAAAUAUUACACAGAAGAGAUGAACAUCAGAUGGACACUCAAGGACAAGAAACUCUCAGCAUCGGAGCAUCUGAGGAUCGGAGGAACCCCAGAAAUGGCCUCCCUCGAGAUAGUGGAGCCUACCGAUAAGGACAAGGGCGUUUACACCAUCGAGAUCGUCAAUGUGGAGAAGUCAUUCUUCCACUCUGUCGACCUCUCAGGACAAGCUUACGAUGACGCCUAUGUGGAGUUCCAGAGACUCAAGGCCGAGGCCUACGCUGAGAAGAACCGUGGGAAAAUGGUCGGCGGCCUGCCCGAUGUUGUUACUAUCAUGGAGCACAAGACCCUUAGCCUCACAUGCACAGUGUGUGGAGACCCCAAACCCCAGGUCUGCUGGUUCAGGAACGACCAGGAGGUGGACCCCGAUGACCACUACGUCAUUUCCAUGGACUCGAGCAAGUUCGCCAGCUUGACCAUUAAAGGGGUCACCAUGGAGGACUCGGGCAAGUACACCGUGAGCGUGGUGAACAAGUACGGAGGUGAGGCGGUGGACGUCACCCUGACAACCUACAAACACGGCGACAAGAUCCCCGAGGUGAAGCCUGUGCCCGCCCCCAAGCGCAUCACGCCCCCCAAGCUGCCAAUCAUCAUACCGACCGCAGCCCCCAAGUCCCCACCCCCUUCAACCAAAUCCCCCAGCCCUGCUCCACCUAAAUCCACUGCCCGUGGCAUAAAGUCCCCCACCCUGGGCAGAAAGAAGUAAAUCACCCAACACAAUUAGUAUAAGAAAUGCUGGAAAAAAAAAAACAAAAAAAACAGCCAUAUUAAAAUGAUCAAUUUCUAGUGUGUGUCUUUAAAUAAAUGAUCAGAAAAAGGUAGAUGACUGGAGAUCAUUUCUCACUAAGGAAGCAACUGUGUCCCCCUGUCUUCCCUCAAGCAUUGGUGGAGGCAUCAGAGUGAAUAAUUGUGAAAUAAAGGAGCAGGUUAUUGUUGGUGUGUUAGCGCAUUGGAAGGUCUGCGUUUGCGACUGACGGCAGCUGAACGUGUAGUGGAGGGGGAGGUGGGAGGGGGGGGGGGGGCUCACCCCUGAGGUGCUUUGGUGAAAAAUGACCAGUAUUUCAUGUUUAGUUUUAAAAGCAGGAGUUUUCACUUGGCCUGUGGAGUUUUCCCGGGAUGUAUGUAUGUGUGUGUACUGUAUGUGGCUGUGCUUGCAUGUGUGUGUGUGUGUGUGUGUGUGUGUGUGUGUGUGUGUGUAUGUGUGUGUGUUUCCCCCAGCAGUAGGCCCAGCAUCACUGUCAUCACUCCAAAUAAAUCAAUCAACUCCCAGGCCGAGUCAUGUUUACUCCUGCUUUGACCGAAUAAAAACAUAAAGAUU